CCGGUCCCGGUGCCACCUCUCCCUGCUUGGGCGCCGCCGCGCGAGCGCUUCCCUUUCCCCUGCGAGCGCCCGGAUAAUGUCUGAGAAUGUCCAUUUCUGGGACGCUUAGCAGCUAUUAUGUCGACUCGAUCAUAAGUCACGAGAGUGAGGACGCGCCUCCAGCCAAGUUUCCUUCGGGCCAGUACGCGAGCCCUCGGCAGCCGGGCCACGCGGAGCACCUGGAGUUCCCCUCCUGCAGCUUCCAGCCCAAAGCGCCGGUGUUCGGCGCCUCCUGGGCGCCGCUGAGCCCGCACGCGUCCGGAAGCCUGCCGUCCGUCUACCACCCCUACAUCCAGCCCCAGGGCGUCCCGCCGACCGAGAGCAGGUACCUCCGCACCUGGCUGGAGCCCGCGCCGCGCGGCGAGGCGGCCCCGGGGCAGGGCCAGGCGGCGGUGAAGGCGGAGCCGCUGCUGGGCGCGCCUGGGGAGCUGCUCAAACAGGGCACACCCGAGUACAGUUUGGAAACUUCGGCGGGCAGGGAGGCCGUCCUGUCUAAUCAAAGACCCGGCUACGGGGACAAUAAAAUUUGCGAAGGAAGCGAGGACAAAGAGAGGCCGGAUCAAACCAACCCCUCUGCCAACUGGCUGCACGCUCGCUCUUCCCGGAAAAAGCGCUGUCCCUACACCAAAUACCAGACGCUGGAACUAGAGAAGGAAUUUCUGUUCAAUAUGUACCUCACCAGGGACCGUAGGCACGAAGUGGCCAGACUCCUCAAUCUGAGUGAGAGACAAGUCAAAAUCUGGUUUCAGAACCGACGGAUGAAAAUGAAGAAAAUGAAUAAGGAACAGGGCAAAGAGUAAAGACCCUUCUUCAGCUCUCCCAUCCCUUCCCCAUCUCACUCUUAUUUAUAAGUGAUGGUUGCAAAGCCAGUGCUGUCUGAGAUAUAGUCAAGUGAAUGGGGAAGGGAGUCUUUCUCUUGAAAGUUCUUUUCUGCACCCAGAGUUUCUCUCCUUUCCUUUGCUCUCACUUGUUUCUCUCUUUUCCCCUGG